AUGGCGGUUGUACACGUCCUUGACGACUACUAUCUAGCCAUCACGGCUCUCAUUACAGUAGCAUACCAAUUAUUCUUCUUUUCAAUAGCCUUUAGCUUCAAGUUUGACAAGCUCACCGACUUUGCCGGCGGCACAAAUUUCGUCGUCCUGGCCAUAAUCACCCUCGCCAUCAGCGGCCACAACCAUGCGCGCCAAAUCGUCGCCUCUAUCUUCAUCAUGCUCUGGGGCGCCCGCCUCUCGGCCUUCCUCCUCUUCCGCAUCCUCAAGACGGGCAAGGACGACCGCUUCGACGACAAGCGCGACAAGUUCUUCCCCUUUCUUGGCUUCUGGAUCUUCCAGAUGAUCUGGGUCUGGACCGUCUCCCUGCCCGUCACCGUGCUUAACUCGCCCAACGUCACGCGCUACCCGCAGCACGACUUUGGUACCGGUCGCGACAUUGUCGGCGUCAUCUUCUUCGUCGUCGGCUUCGUCAUGGAGUCGGUCAGCGACGCGCAAAAGUACGUCUUCCGCAGGGACAACCCGAGCCGCGAGGCCAUUUGCGACAAGGGCUUCUUCAAGCUCUCGAGGCACCCCAAUUAUUUCGGCGAAAUCAUUAUUCAGUUCGGCAUCUACAUGAUCGCCGUCUCGGCAGCCGCCGACGGCUACGUGGGCGGCCAAGCCUUCAAGGCACUCUACGCCACCAUUCUCGGCCCCUUCUUCCUGACGCUGCUCCUCAUGUUCGUCUCGGGCCUGACUCUCCAGGAGCGUCCCGGCGCCAAGAAGCGCUACGAGAAGAACCAGAACUGGGAGGGCUAUAAGCGCUACCUCGAGCGCACCAGCAUCCUCAUCCCCUUCCCGCCGCAGCUGUACGCCCGCAUGCCGACGUUCCUCAAGCGCACCGUCUUCCUCGAGUUCCCCAUGUACGUCUUCGACCCAGCCAAGCACUCCGACGCCGGGGCGCGCGCUGAGGAGGGCCAGCAGCACCAGCAUGAGUCCGUUGCCAAGCCCGCGCACGGGAAUGGAAGGCCGAGUGGUGAGGAGUCUCUCGUCGGACAGCGUUCGUGA